AUAAAGGGAACUCUCUACUUUUCUGAGUUUCUCACUGAUCUGGAUCGCCUCUGCUUCCGGCGAACUCAACUCUCUCUGAUUUUUUUUAGGGUUUCUUGCGGAAUCAGCGAGAGACAAAAACGCAUAAUGAGAGGAUUGUUGAACAAGCUGGUCUCUCGCUCUCUAUCCGUUGCCGGUCAAUGGCAACAACAGCAACUCCGUCGCCUCAACAUCCAUGAAUAUCAGGGGGCUGAGUUGAUGAGCAAAUACGGAAUCAAUGUUCCUAAAGGAGUAGCUGUUUCAUCCAUUGAUGAAGUUAAGAAGGCAAUUCAGGAUGCCUUUCCCAAUGAAAACGAGGUGGUGGUUAAAAGUCAAGUUUUGGCCGGUGGACGAGGUUUAGGAACAUUUAAAAAUGGUUUUCAGGGUGGAGUUCACAUUGUUAAGACUGACCAGGUUGAAGAGAUUGCUGGGAAAAUGCUCGGCCAGAUACUUGUCACCAAGCAAACUGGUUCACAAGGCAAAGUUGUCAGCAAGGUUUACUUGUGCCAAAAGUUGUCACUUGUUAAUGAGAUGUACUUUGCUAUAAUGCUGGAUCGUAAAAGUGCUGGUCCACUUAUAAUUUCCUGUGGAAAGGGAGGAACCAGCAUUGAAGAUCUUGCAGAAAAAUACCCUGACUUGAUCAUUAAGGUACCUAUUGAUGUUUUUGAAGGAAUUACUGACGAAGAUGCUGCAAAAGUUGUCGAGGGUUUGUCCCCUAAGGUGGCUGACAGGAAUGAUGCAAUUCAGCAAGUGAAGAAAUUAUAUAAGCUUUUCUGCGAGCGUGACUGUACACUGUUGGAGAUCAAUCCCAUGGUGGAGACUUCUGAUAACAAGUUGGUAGCAGCCGAUGCUAAAAUGAACUUUGAUGAUAAUGCUGCUUAUCGCCAGAAAGAAGUAUUUGCUCUUCGUGAUCCAACACAAGAGGAUCCUCGGGAGGUUGCUGCUGCCAAGGCAGAUUUAAACUAUAUUGGCUUAGAUGGAGAAAUUGGCUGCAUGGUGAAUGGUGCAGGUCUAGCCAUGGCUACAAUGGAUAUAAUUAAGUUGCAUGGUGGAACACCUGCUAAUUUCCUUGAUGUAGGUGGGAAUGCAUCUGAAAAUCAGGUUGUGGAGGCUUUUAAGAUUUUAACUUCUGAUGAGAAGGUGAAAGCAAUUUUGGUGAACAUAUUUGGAGGAAUAAUGAAAUGUGAUGUGAUUGCCAGUGGAAUUGUCAAUGCGGCCAAACAUGUUGCGCUUAAAGUUCCAGUGGUGGUCCGUCUUGAGGGCACCAAUGUUGACCAAGGAAAGAGAAUUUUGAAGGAAAGUGGCAUGACUCUAAUCACUGCAGAAGAUCUCGAUGAUGCUGCAGAGAAAGCAGUUAAAGCUGCUGCAAGUUGAGAAAUCAAGACCAGAGCCUGUUCGUGGUCAUCCUUUUCUUCGAACCCUUAACAAGUUUGGAAAAUUGAACGUAUUGGGCCCUAAUAACAAUGACAGCAUGGACAUGGGUUCAUUUUUUUGGAUCUCUGGAUAUUCACUUUCAUUGGUUAAGAAUCUGGUGAUGUUUCCUUAAAAUGUUUCAGGUCAUCUGAUCUAAGCGGCUUCACAAUGUAAUUAGGUGGAAUCCUCUUACAGGUUUUGGACAUGAUUAGACUGUCAAUUUGAAGAGGCAGUGAAAAUUGAUCAAAUAAAUCUUUGAUUUCAUGAA